AUGCCAAAAUAUGCCAAAUUCCUCAAGGACCAUUUAACAAACCGAAAGAAAAUGGUGGGACUAUUGAAGGUGGUAUUAAAUGAAACUUAUUCCGCUACAAUGCUAAACAUGUUACUGAAAAAGAUGGGUGAUCCGAGAAGUAUAACCUUACCGUGCCAAUUUGGGAAACUAGCAACUAGUCAUGCUCUAACUGAUUCGGGAGCUAGAGUUAUUUUGAUGCCCUAUUCGUUUUUCAAGAACCUUGAUCUCCCUGAACCAAGACCGGUCCGCAUGGUUAUACACUUAGCUAACAAGACCAUGACCUUCCCAAGGGGUAUAUGUGAAGACUUGCUCGUAAAAGUGGAUAAGUUUGUUUUUCCUGCAGAUUUCAUCGUAUUAGAUAUGGAGGAAGACAAACAAGUCCCAAUCAUCCAUAGAAGGCUCUUCUUGAGGAUCGCCCGAGCCUUUGUUGAUAUUAGAGAGUCCAAACUCACUCUCCGAGUAGGAGAAGAAGCGGUCACUUUUGGAGUUAAUCGGGCAAUUCAACAUUCAAGAGCAAGUGAUGAUACGACAUUUUAUGUUGACAUGCUUGAUGAACUAUUUGAAAAGGAGCUAAGAGGGUUGAAGGAAAAAGAAACCGAGGGAUUUAUGGUGCUUGAAGAAGGUGAUUUUGAUGCCGAACUCAAUAUGCAAGAAUUAGAGAAGCUAUUGGAAGAAAGUGAAUAUAAUGAAGUAAUAAAAGUGGAAGAAGAAGCAACACGACGUGGUGAUAGCAACAUGUCGUGGUCAACAAAUUUUCCAUGA